GAUAACUAGGCUAGAGACUGUCUAUCCCAUCAUGCAAUCCUGACCGGAAAUGCAAAAGAUAAGCCUAGCCAAGGUGGAAUGUAUUUUUCUUUGUCUGUUGUUCUUUGGCUUGUUUUUCCUCGAUCAGUCACUUAUCUAAUCCGAAACCUCGACGACGUGUUCAGCAUCAGCCACAUUACGGAUUCAAACAUCAGUUUUCGAGUGAUACCACUCGUUGAAGAUUUGCGACCUACUUUAGCCUAGCUUAGCCUAGCAGACCAACUACUAACAAAGCUGCAAGGCACGUUGUCAAGCGUUUAGAAACCAAGUCAGGAAAAUGCCAGCGAGAUCGACACCGGCUGCAUUUAAGUUCCAGGGGGAACUCUGUGGCGUAAAAGACGAGCCCCAACGUCAGCAACCCUCGACGGUGUGCAAAAUAAUGCACGCAAAGGUUGUUCUUCAAAGACUAGAAGAUCUAUAUGUCAGCCAAGCCCAUCGUCUUGAGCACCAGGAGUCUGCAUGCGUCAAGGGGGAUGAGGAAGAAUUCCCAUACAUCAAAGAGGAGAAAGAGUCGCCCAACAUCAAGGAGGAAGAGUCCGUUCACAUUAAAGGUUUUAGAAAAUAUCUUGGUGCUGAACCAGAAUCUCCUGGUGUGAAAGAGGAUGUUGAGCUCCCCCAAAUCAAAGAGGAGCCAAAGACCUGUCAACAGAAGCAACUUUCAAUCAAAAAGGAGGAGGAGGAGCUGCCAUAUGGUAAAGAGGAGGAGGAGGAGCAUAUCACCAGGUGGACUGGUGAUCCCUUGAAGAGUGAAGAUGGUCUGAGUGAGGCCAGCAGAGGAGCGGAGCCUCCAAGCGGCAGCAGCUCAACAGAAGGAUUGCAAGCAGACAUUUUCAUCGCUACAUCAGACACAAAUGCCACUGCGUCACACUCACCUUACAAUGAUGAUGGUCAUAAGACAUCUCACGGUGACGGCAAACUCUGCAAAUGCUCUCAGUUUGGGAAAACCUUUGCUAAUAAGUAUAACUGUCGAAUGCAUACGAGGAGCCACACUGAUGAAAAGCCUUUUUCCUGCCCAGUUUGUGAUAAAAGAUUUAGUUACCAGACCGCCUUAAAAAACCACACAAGAACCCACACUGGCGAAAAACCUUUUUCCUGCUCAGUUUGUGAUAAAAGAUUUAGUUUCAAGACCGCCUUAAAAAACCACACAAGAACCCACACUGGCGAAAAACCUUUUUCCUGCUCAGUUUGUGGUCAAAGAUUCAGUCAGAAGAGCACCUUAAAAAAACACACAAGAACCCACACUGGUGAAAAACCUUUUUCCUGCUCAGUUUGUGUUCAAGGAUUCUCUCAAAAGCAAAGCCUACAAAGUCACGAAAGAACCCACACUGGCGACAAACCUUUUUCCUGCUCAGUUUGUUGUCGAGGUUUCGCUCGAAAGGAACACUUAAACGAACACACGAGAACCCACACUGGCGAAAAACCUUUUUCCUGCCCAUUUUGUGAUAAAAGAUUUAGUUACAAGACCGCCUUAAUAAACCACACAAGAACCCACACUGGCGAAAAACCUUUUUCCUGCUCAGUGUGUGAUAAAAGAUUUAGUUACAAGACCACCUUAAUAAACCACACAAGAACCCACACUGGCGAAAAACCUUUUUCCUGCUCAGUUUGUGGUCAAGGAUUCUCUCAAAAGCAACGCCUACAAAGUCACACAAGAACCCACACUGGCGAAAAACCUUUUUCCUGCUCAGUUUGUGAUAAAAGAUUUAGUUACAAGACUGCCUUAAAAACACACACAAGAACCCACUCUGGUGAAAAACCUUUUUCCUGCUCAGUUUGUGGUCAAGGAUUCUCUCAAAAGCAAAGCCUACAAAGUCACGAAAGAACCCACACUGGCGACAAACCUUUUUCCUGCUCAGUUUGUUGUCGAGGUUUCGCUCGAAAGGAACACUUAAACGAACACACGAGAACCCACACUGGCGAAAAACCUUUUUCCUGCCCAUUUUGUAAUAAAAGAUUUAGUUACAAGAGCGGCUUAAUAAAGCACACAAGAACCCACACUGGCGACAAACCUUUUCCCUGCCCAGUUUGUGAUAAAAGAUUUAGUUACAAGACCGCCUUAAAAAAACACACAAGAACCCACACUGGGGACAAACCUUUUUCCUGCUCAGUUUGUUGUCAAGGUUUCGCUGCAAAGAUAAACUUACAAAAACACAUAAGAACCCACACUGGCGAAAAACCUUUAGGUUAGGCUAGGGUUGGGGGGUUACAUUCGUAUUCGUGGUACACUUUAUUUUUGUUAUUGCAUUUCUGUUAGGACUUUGCCGUUUUGUGUUUUACCUUUUCUGGCCAUCAACGUCUUUCCCUUGGUUCUCUCGCCGACUGGCAUCAUUUAUAUCACAGGUCUCAAAUCGAUUGCAGAAAGGGCCAAGUGGGUGCUGGAUUUUGUUCCAACCGAUACCGUGCAGAGAGUUUAACCAAUGAACUUCCUACUGAAACAAGCAGCACCCAACAUAGUUUAACUGAUUACACAUGAAAAAGAUCUGAUUGGUGAAAAGGUGUCCUCUUCAUUGGUUGGAAAGCAAACCUGCACCCACUUGGCCCUUUCUGGAAUCGGUUUGACACCUGUGAUUUAUAUCAUAAUCUCCUAUUCAAACUGCACUUUUCACAUUUAAUAUUUGAAACUGCAGACCCCAAAUUCCAAAAAUUCUAAAUCAUUCAUAGAUAUUGUCAUUAAAUAAAUAUGGAAAUUUAGAAUACAUUGUUCAAUAUUGUAAAAAUAAUUAAAAGAAAAAAAAAAACUGGCUCACAAUUUUUGAUGUGUGGGGGUUAAUGUAAAUAUACACACACACACACACACACACACACACACACACACAUAUAUAUAUAUAUAUAUAUAUAUAUAUAUUUCAAUUACCGUAUUUUUCGGACUACAAGUCGCUCCUAAGUAUAAGUCGAUCCAGCCAUAAAAUGCCCAACGAAGAGAAGAAAAACAUAUACAAGUCGCACCGGAGUAUAAGUCGAAUUUUUGGGGGAGAUUUACUUGAUAAAAUCCAACACAUAGAACAGACAUGUCAUCUUGAAAGGCAAUUUAAUAUAAAAAUACAAUAGAGAACAACAUGCUAAAUAAAUGUACAGUGUAUGAUCAACGAAAUGUGAAUAUACUACGUUCUACGUUAAGGCUCGGUCGUGGCUAUACAGCGAACUCCCAAAAGACAAUGCUGGACGUCCGUAUAAUUUGCUGAAUUAAUUUGGUCCUCGAUAGAAAACAGGUUCGCAUCAACUUAAAUAAAUGACAAUUAGGUACUAUUAGUAAUAAGUAACAGGUUAGCAUGCGUUCGCUAUCAUUAGCACAUCGUUCAAACAACCACACAACUGGCUCUAAGUGUCCGAUCGCGGGUGGAAAACACACAACAACAACAGAAAAGAUGAUACACGCAGGCGUUGCCUCUGUAGAGAUGAUUUAAAAGCAUAAACAAUGAAAGUAGGUUCGCAGCCGUCUAUUCUCUCUAGCUAACUCGCCCACUCAACUCACUCAGAGCUACGUAGCUGUCCGUCUUCUUCUGGCGUGUCACGUAAACAAGCGCGAGUGCGCCCUCACGUGGGCGUGAAAGCGCCACAAACUAAAUGCAUCCAUUUCAAGAUAAAAAAGUCAAUAAUACAAUUGAACAUACUCAGCCAAAGGCAGAACACGAACGUGGCCAUAGCUAUAAAGUUAUUUAGAUAACUAUAGCAUAAGAACAUGCUAACAACUUUACAAAACCAUCAGUGUCACUGCAAAACACCAAAAUAACAUGUGAAAUUAUAUCAUAAUGUGUUAAUAAUUCCACACAUAAGUCGCUCCUGAGUAUAAGUCGCACCCCCAGCCAAAAUAUGAAAAAAAACGCGACUCCGAAAAAUACGGUACUAUUACUACUCGUGAUUGACAGAGUAUGAGGGCCAAAUAAAGAAAAAUGAAAAAGAAAAAAGGACUAAAACAGUAAAGUGGUGUUCUUACGACAAGAAUUGUUUUCUUUUUAGCAAGUCAAGUUUUGUUUUGUUUUUUUAAUUUUUUUUUUAUAAAUUGCAGAUUAUAUACAUUUUGUGUUGAAAACCACAUGGCGCCUACAGGUACUCCGUGGCCUUGAACACAGUAAAGUGAAUCACCUUAUCGGCGCCCAUGAGGGGGAAAAGGAAAAAUGGUACCGUAGGCACAUCUAACUGUUUGCAUUACUCGAACACACGUAAUAUAAUCAAUCAGGGAAUAGUAUCAUUUCUCAUAUUCACUGUAGGACUGCACUACUCUAACACACCUAAUGUGAAAUAGAUAGCACACUAUAGUUUAAAGAAACAGAAUAGAUACACAACGCCAUCUUAUCACAGAAGCCCAAAACGUGUGCGCCACAAGCAAGAUUGACGCACCAAACUCUGGCAAUCAGUCCUCCCGACAAACGAACAAGGGCAAAGACCAGCGCGCUUUGUCCUAAAACAAAUAGUGCCAGCCCGGAUAACAAAGUUGAUAGCAGGCGCUUUUGACGUCAAGACCAGCGCCGGUCGCUGUGGCAACCACAUCCCAUCCACGCACGAACCUAAGCAGCCCGAAACCGGCCAGAGAGGGAUGAUCCCAAAGCAACGCCUGGACACACCUUCGGCCGGCCCACGGACAUAAAAAACACAGGACACUGAGAUAAGACAGAUUUUGCUGCUCGGAAACAUGUAGCCUUGUUUUGGAUCCAGAAUUGUACCUCCGUCGUCUAUUUUUGCCUUGUUUUUGACCAUUGUCGACGAAUAAAUUGUCAACCUGUUUUCGGUGAGUGUUCUUCAAACUUCUGAAACAUGGAGUCAGCACAAAGGGUUAAAAUAAGAAAACGCGCAAAGUUCUGCCUUCCCGGUUGGCGCGCGCGGAGGCAGCAUCGGCAGAGCGGCACUUUGUUCGGCUGUCACUGUUUCUGUGCGCCUUGGCCGGGGGGGGCGAAUUUCAA